AUGAAUGAGACUUCUUCAUUGAAAUGGCCUAUAGAAGCUAGUCCAACAUUAGGUGAUACAGGCUUUAUCUACAGCCAUUCACCCGAACCUGAGAUGGCUAUGAUCCAUACUCCUCCUACUCCUCCUAUGUCUCUUAGUCAUAGUCCUAGCACUUCUAGUUCUUCUUUUAGCUUAAAUUCUGAGCAUAACUUACGUACCUCGCCUCAGCCAGAAGUUAUUGCACCUGCUAAUACUCUUCAAUCCACUAAAUCUGUCAAACAAGAAAAAGAAGAUGAAUCAAAGAUAAUCAAAACGACUUCUGUACACAGUGGUCGUAAGAGACGUAUUGUAUUUGAAGGUGAUGAUGCAGAAGAACGUAGAAAGAAGUUUUUAGAACGCAAUCGUGUUGCAGCUUAUAAAUGCCGUCAAAAGAAAAAGAAUUGGAUGCAAGAGCUUGAACAUAAAGCUGAAAUUCAAAAUGCUUACAAUGAAGAGCUCCGUGCUUUAGUUGCACAACUUAAAGAAGAAAGCAUGUAUUUACGUAAUUUACUUCUUACACAUGGCAAUUGUAACUGUGAAUCAGUGCAAGCAUAUCUUCGUAAAACAUCUGCUGAAAUUACAAAUAAUGUAGUGCCCACAAAUGCUAAUAAUGAUUUAUCAUAUUCAAGAAGAAGUUCUCUAGUAUCUGGCAGUAAUAUACCUUAUCAUCCUACUUCAUUCAAAUCCAAUACUAUGCCUUCUUUCUCGGAAACAUCUACCGGUUUGACACCUUUUCUUAACACAGUCAUCAAUAAGUCUCAACCCAAUGACUAUUUUUCACAAAAUCACACUAAUGAAUCUUAA